AAUCUACCAUACGAGAGGUAGUACGCUAGGAAAUGAAAUGUGAACUUGACAGCGCGACACGCAAUAAUUAUAUUGAUAAACUUCUAGGGGAGUGUUGAUAUCGCUAUGGCGGACAUAGUACUGGGACAGUGGAGUGACGCUUGACGAGGCAAAUGGGCCAAGAGACAUGUUAUCACUAAAAAACCGGUUUUUAACCACAUCACCAUCCAGGACUUUCUUACAUUAACAGCUCGUUUACUUCCUACACCUGACGGGUUUGUUUGUUUCUGUGCGAAUGUAUAACCGCUUGUCGUUUUUGACACUGUGCAAAAGAUAAAUAAGUACCGCUCGAAUGGAUUAAGGACCUUCACGUUGAUGAUGGACUAAACUUGAGAGUAAUUAAGAGAAAUCUUUAGUUUAGCAUUGAUUGACGGAAAUUGACAAUGAUCAAUAGUACGGUUUAAAUAUACGUCCUUCAUAUAGACUUUCACUAAUAACAUGUGUAUAUACAUGUAGAUAUAUCAGUUAUCGAUAGGUAAUAAGCCGUGAAAAAAAUUGCUACAUCACGGCUGCUACGGCAUACCAUGGGAAAAUUUGCAUAAUAGGUCAAGAAGUCCAAGUCUAGAGUGAAAUAUGUAACCCUCGGUUUCAUCACCACAGACUAAACAGUAAACUGAUAGAGAAAGGACAAAAAGCUUGUUUUAAAGGAAACGCUUUUAUCGUGGAACAAAAACUGACGCAGUCAUACAGACUCAUCAGAAGGUGGUUGUAUAUGUACGGACACUUUUAACCGGGAAAACGACAAUUAAAUCAAGGAUGGUGUCUAAUACAAUGACACACAGUUGAAUUGUUUUCAAGUGUGGAUCGCCGACGUCAUUUUAUCGGAGAGCAGGAUCCCUAGAAUAUACUACAGCGGCAGUAGCCUCAACAGUAAUGGACCCCAACGUUACCCAGAGUAACAAUACAGCAUCCGUGGACGCUUCAACAAACGAAUUCUCUUCGGUGGAACUCUAUAUAGAAGGAGUGAUAUUAUCUAUAAUAUGUCUUUUGGCUAUAGGUGGAAAUACAUGCAUAUGGGUCAUCAUAUGUCGGUCAAAAGAACUCCGGACAAUGACCAACUACUUCAUCCUCGGUUUAACCACAGCAGAUUGGUUGGUGUCCGUUUUAAACAUGCCUGUGACAGUGUUUACCCUGUUUUUAGGGGGAGACUGGCCCUUAUCGGAGGGCGCUUGUGUAAUGUUUGGAUUUCUGAACAUGCUGACGUUAGUAACUAGUGUUUUGUCACUCUGCAACAUCAGUAUCAAUCGUUACGUCAUGGUGUGUAAGCCGAUAUACUUUCGGAAAAUCUACACAAAACGUAAUACAGCAUUAAUGAUAACAGCCUGUGUAACUCUUUCUGUGACGAUAUCUCUCCCUCCACUGUUCGGAUGGUCAACGUAUGACUUCAUAAAAGUACAGUCUUUUUGCUUCUGCGAUUGGACCGUGGAACCGUCGUACGCCUUCUUCAUGAUCAGUUGCUGUUUUGGGGUUCCGUUUGGUGUUAUGACGGUCUGCAACAUCUUGAUAUUCCGCACCGUCAGAGCUAGCAAGAGAAAAUUGGCACCACAAGUUCCAAAGUCAUCUAAUGGACCAACCAGCUGCCAAACUAUUCCAGAGAGAUCCUCUGAGGGUAACACGGAACCAGCAGAACAAUCCAAAAAUAAUUACUUAAAUGUUCCAAAUAGCCUUGUUGUACCAAAAAUACCGGUGGAGGAAGAAUCAACAUCCACCUCGCACGAAAAAGCCCAGUUGACAAAAAGUAAAACGUCUGUCGCAAGUUCAAACACUUCAGCUAUUUCCAGCACAGGUAUUUCCUUAGACAAAAUAAAUACAUCCGAAUUAAUCACAGUUUAUCUGCCAGAAGACGAGUCUAAAUUAACUUACGAAACCAUGUCUACUAGUAAUAAUAAAUACGAUGUGAGUGUGACGAAAUCAAGUGGAAAAUCUGUCAAAAAACACAAGAUAUUUCGAAUUCACCGAAAAAGUAAGCACGGAAAAGCUCGCGCUGAGGAGAUUCGUCUGGCCACCGCACUAGCUGUAGUUGUUGUGACGUUUUUCUGCUGCUGGUUCCCAUACUGUAUAAGUAUGGUGCUGUCAAUGUUUGUUCCGACAGGCGUCCCUAGGGGGUUGCAUAUGACCACUCUGCUUAUCGGGUAUUUCAACAGUGCUUGCAAUCCUGUCAUUUACGGUGUCAUGAACAAAAAGUUUGGAGACGGCUUUAGGAAAAUAUUUUGCUGGUGUAGAAAGUGACGGCAAAGAAUUAAUAUGGAGACGCACAUUUUACGUCAAGCAUUUAUCGCCGGAAAGGUUUAGAUUUCCAAGGAAGAGAACACAAGAUGUUUUAAGAACUACUGGAUGAUUUAAUCCAGCAUCAGCGGCCAGGUUCAUCAACGUAUCUUAUCUGUGGAAAUUCUUCAACUUAAAAUUUUCCAUUGGAAUGCAUUACAGUAUCUAAGGAAGGUUCCUUGACUAAGAUUUCACCCUUAAAUUGUUUAAUGUUUUCCGGUGAAAAUGUUUAAAGUUAAGGAAUUUUCCUUAAGUUAAGGAACGUUGUUGAAACCGAAAUCUAAUUAACAUUAGCCUUGUCAUUUCCGCUCCUCUAUCAUGCAUUGUAAUACAAGAACAGUGUGUCGCAGAGUAUCGUAGAGGAGCAAAAAUUACAAGUCUAAUAUCAAUUAGAAAAAUGAAACUGAUGCCAGUUUAUAUACUGAUAAUGAUUCGAUGUCGUACAGAAAGGUGUUCAACCAUAGCACGUCCUUAAAAAGCCAUGGCAGUUAAUAGAACGUUAAUCAAAAUAAACCAAACAAAACCAGCGCAUCAGCAAAGGGAGAUAACUCAAUACUUCCCCAGAAUUGCCAUUCUUUACCCUAAUACGAGGAAAUGACCGUAAGGAAUGACAACUCGGGUACCGUAUGUGUUGACAAAUAUGUUGACAGUGAGAAAAGCAAAGUUUUUAAUGCAAUCAGUUAUAAUUAAGGAAGACAACAGUAUAUACAUUAACUUAUUAAUUGAAACCUUGAUACCUGAAAUGACAGGGAAUCGCAAGAUAAAGCAUGAAAUCAUUGAAAUCAUGAGACACAAAAUGGCCCUUUUCUAAAAUAUCCAAAUUGAAAUUUGAAUCUGAAGACUUACUGCAAUUAACAUUCCCAUCGAUUAGCGUUGCUAUUGACAAUCGUUGUUGGUAUAUUUUUCAUUGUUUUUUUUUUUUUCAUGUUGUGUUGCUUCCUCCCCAUCGAUAGCUGGGAUUGUGCAUUUAUUCAAUGGGAGAUAAUCCUGCUAUUCCACAAAAAAGGGGACAAAGAAUUAAAUUUAAUCAAAGAAUAUCAAUUCAUGUAUGACCGGUGUUACUAAUCGGAGGCAGCAAGUAGUUAGUGGACUGUUAUGUAAAUAUAAUGAUAAAAAUAAUGUAAUCGGAGAUCUAUACUUCUAUAAUAAGUGAGUUAUAAAGCAUAAUCUGCGAUAACGGCCAUGAAUCAUUGUAAGGUCUAGGAGACAGGAGUUCACACAUCAGCAAUUACUGUAUAUCAAGGGAAAUAACUCUGUUAAUUGGAUAACGUUCCCAUACACCUACAAAUUUAUCUUUAAACAAUUGUAUUGGAGAAAUGGAGAAAAAUAUGGUUUAUGAUUGAAAAAAAAAAAACAUUCAGAGAGUAAAUCACAUAGUGUAUGGACAUGUGUAAGAGUUCACGGGGACUAGUCACUAAUUCCCAAACAGCAGUCCAUAUAAUUUACAUGUACAUCUGUAUUACAGUAUCUAAAUUCGUGUCAAGUCCCUGUGUAAAAUUUUAUAGUAGGUUAACUACGUACAGUAGUAGCAAGACGGGUAAGUGUGAAUUCACUGAAUUGUGAUAAGUAUUCAGGGGAGAUAAACCACGGUAAGUAGUGUAUGAACACGUGUAAGAGUUAGCAAAUAUGCAGUAUGACGUGUACACAGGUGUGAGCGGUAAUGUGUGAAGUUGAUAGGAGAUCUAAUAUGUUAAUAUCAGUUCAACAUAUUCUAGUCUUUUUUCAAGUUGAAAGACCAUCUUUUCCAGCCUUCAUUUUCUCAGUUAAUUGCUUAGCAUAUGUAUUUGUAACUCUCUCCCGGAUCUGUUGAAAGUAGCAAUUAUCGAGAUUAAGAAUAAUUGUCAAAGUUGCUCUUUAAUUUUUCACUUUCGUUUUGUUGUUUGUACAGUAUAUUGCAAUUAAAUACUCGCAUCUAUUCGAAGACUUUGAUAUAGAAAGACUUGAAAUACCUUCUUUUACAAAUAAAACAUCUCUGGUUCACUAGUACCAGGGCUAGUACUUAAUGCUUUUCGUCAUAUUGAAGGUUAUGAUUUUGUACGACCCCCCCCCCCCCCC